GUUGAGCUUGAAGUAGACAUCACCUUUAUAACACAGAAACUUCCUGGUGACUAAAUUAAACAUGCAGAUAAAUUCAAAGCAUCAACAUGAAAAUGGACUUUGUAUCUGUGCUGUUUCUGGUGCUUUGUAGUGGAAGUCUAUUCACCAAAGCUGUGGACAUUUAUGAAAAAACAGAAGGAGACGGCAUCACAGUCCAAUGUUUGUUUGACACAUAUGGAUCCUGGAAAUACUUGUGUAGAAAUGAUUGUGAAAAACAAGAAAACAUUUUGGUUCAAACUUCCUCUAACAAAGGAGAUAACGGACGAUACAGUCUUGAAAUGAAGAAGCAGCGUUCAUAUCCUUAUGUGAUGAACGUGAGCAUCCGGAAUGUGACCUUGUCUGACGCUGGAACAUACAGAUGUGGUUCAAGAACACUGGAAGAAAACUGGACAUAUGCACAUGAGGAUUUUAUAAUUAAAGUCUCAAGUGGUCUUUCCCCUGAGACCCCCAGAAAACCUCAUGAGGAUCACACCCCACGGUCUGAGGUGGCGCUGUACGUAGGACUGAGCCUGAGCGCUCUGCUCAUCCUGUCAGUGACACUCACCUCACUCAUACUGUACAGGAGAAAGAGAGCGAGAACAACACCAGGAGCUCCUGACAUCCCAGUAUACGCUCAAAUACAAGAGAUGGCAGACAGCUCCAGUACACUCACAUACACUCAAGUGGAUUUCUCCAAACACAGCAGCGCCCCCUGGUGUCCAACUGCCACAACUGAAGAGGCUCCUGUGUACUCCACCCUGUGUUUACCACACAGUGAAUAACUCUGUAAUAAUAGUGUCAGUCUUUUAGUUAGUGCUCUGAUGCUCUGUUAGAUUUUGUGCUUAAUUGUCUUGGAUAUUUUGAUCAGCUUUAACUUGAAGUACAUAGAACUACUUUUCAUGUUUUUCUAUUAAUGACUUGGGUGGGAUAGUAUCUGUAGUAAAUAUUUAUCAUAGUUUUACUUCAGUGAAUUGUGACAAAAUGAAAAGAAAUGUACAAAUAUACUGGAAGUAGUGCUGAGUUCUCUGUUAUAUGACAUUUAAAAUAAAAAGUAAAGUUAUAUUUGAA